GACAUGUCAAGACACAUCUUGGAUUAAACGAUCGCCGGAAAUCCGUGUUGAUGUAAUGGUCAAUUACUUCGUUUUGUAGAGAUCAAACUCUCGAGAAGGAAAAAAAUCACGCUAAGAGCUUAGUGAUCCCUUAAGCCGUCUGAAGAUCGCAAGGGUGCCAAGGCAAAACUCUUACUACAUAGAAAGGGCCUAUGUUCAUUUUGUUUUGUUUUGUUUUAUAUCAAAAAUGAAAUGAACCGUGGUUUUCUGCGAUAGGCUUUAUCCUACAAGUUUUUCGCUAGGUCACGAGAAAAACUCCGCGCCGUUUCGUCACGCCAGAACAAAGGACUACUCUUGAAAGAUCAAAGGAAUUGGCCAAAACACAGCGGAGAGGCAUGGCAGAAAAUAUGAUAUCACAGCAGAGUAAAAGAAGACAACUUCUUUCAGAGACUGACGCUAAUGUUUUCCCACCAGGAUCGUCCUUGUAUCCGAAAACUUCUGUUAUUUCAAGAGCAGCUUCUACGCCGGAAAUACCUCUGGAAAACCGCACCUUUAUUCGAGAAAACUCCACUGAGGAGAAAGACGCGUGCAAAAGAAAAUACAGUCGCCCACGUAGUGUCAGCUUCCAUCCAGACAUACGACUGUAUUACGCCGCGACUACAAACGAUUUAGACGAAGUGAAAAUGUUGAUCGAGUCAGGCAUGGCUGAUAUGAACGCGACUAAUCCGGCUGAGGGUGCCACGGCUUUACACGGGGCUUCAUAUGAAGGAAGCCUCGAAUGUGUCAGAUACCUUCUAGAAAAAGGUGCAAAGGUAAACCUCUCAGACGAUGAUGGUUGGACGCCACUGCAUGCGGCAGUUUGUGGAAAGAAAAGGAAAUGUGUUGAUUUGUUGUUAAAAGCGAACUGUGACCCUUUCGCCGAGACACUCGAUGGUUUAACACCAUUUCAGAUGGCCAUCGAAAUGGGUAACGAUAAACUACUUAGACAAUUCGUAACGCGAUUUAGUUCUUUGAUGAAGGACGAAUCUGUUCCAGAGUCUUUGGUAUGAGUUUUACUCGCAUGUUUAAGACAGCUGAAAGACAAGAGGGGUAUACAUAUCUACUAUGUAGAAAAUUUCGUUUUUGACCACAAAUAGAAGAGGAACAGUAUCAAAAGUUAAUUAAUUUGACGUCGGCCUCUUCUGAGUUCAAUAAAAAUAUUCUAGCUGUA